AUGGCGCCGACGGAGCGGAAGCGGCAGCGCGCGGCCAGCGACGACGCGGCAUCCAGAGCGUCGGCCAAGCGGCCAGCGCCUGGCCAAGAGGAUGCAGAAGCCUCGGGCGACUCGGCCGUGGACGUCGAGCUGGCCAGCAUCAACGACCUGCUGCAGCAGGAGGAGACGUCCCAAAAGCAGACCUGGCAGAUCGGCAAGCGGGUCAAGAGGCUGCUGGAGAGCAACGAGGCCCUGCCCGUAGCCAAGCAGCUGGACGCGUACUUCCUCUGGGGCACGGCGCUGGCCCGCCUGGCCUCGCUGAACGAGGACCCGACGCUGGCCGACGCCGCGGCCGACAAGUUCCAGCAAAUGUUGAAGUUGAGCCAGGCGGACGCGGCCAACGAGGACGCGGCCGACGCCGCGCUGGGGCCCGUGGGCUUCUCGCUCUGGGGGUCGUCGCUGCUCAUCGUGGCCACGGAGACGCGCGGCCGGCCGCUGCUGGACCAGGCGCUGGCCAAGUUCGAGCGGGCCGUGCAGGUGGACGGCGGCACGACGUUCGAGACGCGCUUCCAGUUCGCCAAGGCGCUCAAGGAGGGCGGAGACCUCGUGGCCUUUCUGGAGCAGGAGGACGCGGGCCAGGAGCAGGCCAAGAACGAGUACUACAGGAGGGCGCUGCAGGUGUGCGCCAAGCUGGAGGAGAUCUACAAGGCCGAGGUGGCCAAGCAGAAGGAGGAGCAGGAGGUUGAGAAGAAGAAGGAGCAGGAGGAGGAAGAAGAUGAAGAGGAUGAUGAUAAGGUGACGGCGGCCGACUUUGCCGAGGCGAAGCUGCUCGAGGCCGUGCUGCAGGGCCUGCUGGAGGACGCCAAGAGUGCGGAGGACCUCUACCGCACGCUGGCGCUGUACAAGGAAGCUAUUGAGCUGAACCAGGACAGUGCCGAGGCGCUGAUGGAGAUGACCAACUAUCUAGCUGCCAGGUGCUUGGCCAGGGAGAGUCUGGGGGCCAAGCCGACGGCCGAAGAGUGGACCAAGCUGUUUGACGACUUAGAAGCUCAGUACAAGCGCUUGUUGGCCGAGGCCGGCUUCGACCUGAAGGAGUGCCACGAGAUCUGCCACCGUAAAGACACUCAUGACCAAGAGGAGCCCGCGGAGGAGGAGAUUGAUGAGCGAGUCCCGCACCUGCUCAACACGCUGGGCAAGGGACUUGCGGCCUUUGUGCGCUCGUUCCCCGAGCUUGGAAACGAAGCGGCUGAACCUAGCAAGAAGCAGCAAAAGCGGAAGAAAUCGAGCGGAGGCGCUCGCUUCACGCAUGCGGUGGAGGUGUUGCGCUCCGCCCACCACUUCCACGACAAGCUCGGCGGCUACUACCUUGCGUGCUUGUACGCGUCCCCUGCAUUCGAACACGAAGAGCAAUGCCGUACAUGGCUCGAGACUGCGGAUAGCUACGGCUCAUUAGAGGACGAGUUCGACGUCCAGGAGUUCACCACGAUGCACGAGAAGGACUGGUUUAAGCGCCUGGCCCAGCCUCCGAAACAAAUAGACGAAAUUGACGGUAAAGACCACGCCAAUGCUGAGGAUGACGACGAUGACGGCUACGACGGCGACCUGAUCGAGUUCGAGCUGGGCGAGGACGGCCAGCACUUCUUCGACAGCAUGGACCCGCUCCCAGCCCAGGCCACGCCGAGCAGGCUGCGCGCCCAGGACGUCUGCAGCCCGUCACCGCAGCUGCUAACGCCGUUCGUCCUCAGCGUCGUGGCGGGGCUGCAAGGAACGCUACCGGACAGCGAGUCGCGAGCGGGGACGCCUCCAUCGUCAUCCUGUGUGAAGGGCAAGGAGGGUCAGUCUGCUGCGUUGGACGUGCUGGAGCUCCGUUCUCGAAGCUUUCGCCGUGCAGCGACCACCCCUCGCAACCGCCGCCGAAGCAUUCGUCACCCCAUGACUGCAGCCCCGCAAGGCGCGCCACAAGAUCAAGCCCCGACUCGAAGCAGCGCGAAGGCAGACUCCAGCUCGAGCUCGCGCCAGAAGAUCAACCGCCGACUCUUCUAG